AUGGAUGCCCAAGAAAGAACAAACACAAGCAAAGCAAAGAACGAUGGAAACUUUUCAAAGCUGAGAAAUUUUCGCUUACCUCCAAAAAGUAUAACAAGGAAUGCUUCAAAAGACGCUGAAUACAAUCAUUCAUUUAGCGAUGAUGAAAAGGCUCAAGCAAAAAGUUUGCGAUUGUCGUGUUAUUUGAACAAGAACUCGGAGAAUAUCAAAAAGUUUGAGAUGAUGCACCAAAUCCUAUUCAAUCCACACAACGUAAAAGCUCUGGUCAGAAGAUCACAAGCAUAUAUGAGAACAUCUGAUGUAGAGAAAGCAGAGAGGGAUAUUAACCAAGCUCUAUUGCUCGAUCCAAACAACAGCCAAAAUGUUCAGCACCAUAAUUUCAAGAAUAGGUUAAGCUACCUAAAGCCUGCUGUCAAAUACUUUGAAAGGAUUGUGAAAGCAAGGCAGUAUGAUCACCUGGAAGUGCAAAUUCAAAAACGAAAGGGAUAA